AUGUCCGGCAGGCAUAUACUUGAUGCUCUUGCCUUGCUCAGUGUAUCACGAAAUGUCGCAGCGAAACAUGUCGAUAUUCGACUUGCUCAAGCUCGAGUCUAUGGUCAAUCCUCCUCCGUCAUCAAGGCCAUAAGGACCAAAGGCCUCCCGAUCUUAGCUACCUCUGUCUCCCGGUUCGCUUCCUCUUCCCAACCUCUUUCAAAAUCAUCGAAAGAAGGUAUCGAGCAAGACCAUUUCUACACAAGAUCUGUCGAGGGGUCUCAAUCUCAGGCCUCAUCUCGUGAAGGCCUGAACGUUGAGCAAGCCCAAGCGAGGCGGGCGCCACUACCAGAUGGGACGAUACCGUCAAAUGAGAGCCCCAUCGGAGCAGAGGAGGGAGAUGGUAUAACUUUCAAUCAGGUCCCCACGGGAGAAACGCCGCAGCAUCCACUCAAGUCUCGAGCUGCCGAAGACCUCAGUUUCCGUUCAUCUACGAAGCCCAAUAUACCCGGCACCAGGUCAUUCGAGGCCCUGUCUCCAGUUGAGGCAGUAAAGGCUCAAAGACAGUCCGAAGAUCCGAUCCCUGCAAAAACCGCGGAGCCUCCGUCACCAGAAGAGAGUGCUCGGGAAUUUGGAGUGGAACAAGAGCAGGAUGUCUUCUACCAGCCACCAGGGAGCGUCAAGCCCGUUCUUUCUGCGUUGCCGCGUGUCCGUGUCCCCAAGACUGAAAACGACGUACAAGAGGGCGAUUCGCACAUCGAACCUGGUCUCAACGCCGAUGUCUACUACUCCGGAUCUAAGCGUGGGGCGGAUGGCGAGGACGAGCCCUCGGAGGAACAGCUCGCCCGCCUAUUUCGCAACCCGAAGAAUGCAAGGACUUACGGGCAAAAGGCAAGGUACGCCCCUGGCGGCGUCACAUCAAGACGCUUCCAUGGCAUGAGUGCCAUGCAACAAAAAGUCUCCGGUACGGAUGCGGAAAGUCUCAAGCAACUUGGGGUUGACCUUGCAAAAGACGUCCAGAAGAUCAAUACGCAACAACCGCAGACGGCACGGCCGUAUCAAAUGCGGGAAUCAAAGGUGCCAUCAUCUAGGGUGGGCCGGAUCUUCGAAUUUGGAGGACUUGCAGCGUCAAUGGCUUUUGGAGCUGUCAGCGAGAGUAUCAGUCGCUCGGGGGGUCCCAAUGGCUCGUUGAUGUUGAGUGCUGCCAACAUGGAACGUCUUGUCGCCAAAUUGUCCAAAAUGCGAGGUGCCGCCCUCAAGUUAGGUCAAAUGAUGAGCUUUCAAGAUUCCAAAUUGCUUCCAAAGCCCAUUCAUGAUGUCCUGCAACGCGUUCAAGACAGUGCGGAUUACAUGCCUGCCUCUCAAAGAGAUGCCGUCAUUGCCGCUGAUUUGGGUCCUAAUUGGCGUGAACAGUUUUUCCAGCAGUUCGACGAGAAACCCAUGGCCGCCGCCUCUAUCGGUCAAGUUCACGGGGCAAUAUCAAAGGACGGCAGGAGGGUUGCGGUCAAGGUGCAAUAUCCUGGUGUGGCCGAGUCGAUUUCUUCUGACCUCAACAAUCUGUCUUUGCUCCUUACUGCCUCUCGUCUGCUGCCCAAAGGGCUGUACCUGGAGAAGACCAUUGCCAAUGCCCGUACCGAGUUGGCGUGGGAGUGCAAUUACGUUCGCGAGGCCGAAUGCGCAAAGAGGUUUCGGAGGCUCUUAGCAGACGAACAGGACACCUUUACAGUCCCCGAGAUCAUCGACGAAGCAUCAGGCAGUCGAGUCCUGACCAUGGAGAGAAUGGAGGGCAUUCCAGUCACAAAAGUACAAAAUUUUACGCAGGAGCAGAAGGACUGGAUCGGGUCACAGAUCCUACGACUCUGUCUGCGAGAGAUCACCGAGUUCAGAUACAUGCAGACGGAUCCCAAUUGGACCAACUUCCUCUACAAUUCAAGAACGAACAAGUUGGAGUUACUUGACUUUGGUGCAUCCAGAGAAUUUCCCGAGAAGUUCAUUCACCUCUACAUCAAGACUCUCAUCGCCGCGUCGAGAAAAGACAGGGACGCCUGCAGGGAUUUCUCCAUCGAGCUAGGCUAUCUCACUGGUUAUGAAUCCAAGGCGAUGUUGAACGCCCAUAUCGACUCAGUUAUGACACUGGCGGAACCCUUUAUGGAUUUCAGUCCAGACGUGUAUGACUUCAAGGACCAAACCAUCACCGACCGAGUUCGAGCCCUCAUUCCCGUCAUGCUGAGAGAAAGACUGGCACCGCCGCCAGAAGAGACCUACAGCCUUCAUCGGAAGCUGAGUGGCGCGUUCCUUUUAUGUGCCAGACUUGGCAGCCGAGUCCGAUGCAAGGAACUUUUCGAGCAGGCGCUCAACAAAGCCGGGAUACAAUAA